AGUCAAAUUGCAACUGGGAUGUCAUAUCUCAUGCAUCUAGGGGUAAUUCACGGCGACUUGAAAGCGUCUAACGUACUCCUGCACCCGGAUAAGGGCAGGGUGAGUAACUGGUGUGCAAAAAUCGCGGAUUUUGGGAGUGCAAAUUUGCUUCACCCACCCGAGACGUUCACCUUGAUGUCACGAGUGAACGGGACAGUUUCCCACAUGGCACCUGAACUUUUGAAAGACCGCAGGGCGUCGCAUGCGUCUGACGUCUACUCUUUCGCCAUCGUGCUCUGGGAGAUCAUGGCGCGAGGAGCCGCAGCCUUUGAGGGAGUGACGCCAGUGAACAUAAUCGUCGCUGUCACGAGGCAUGAUUUGAGGCCGCUUUUCCCACGUCUAACAUUUUCGCCUGUAUUGAAUCUCGCAACGCGUUGCUGGCAAGCGGACUAUGCGUCCCGUCCGAGCUUUCAUAAAAUUGUUUCUGAGGUC